GUGCACAAGAAGCCUGCCGGCAAGAGCUCCCAGACGAACAAGAAGCCUGGUCCCAAAGCCAAGGCCAAAUCACACCCCAAGGCCAAGGUCAAGCCCCAGCCCAAGGCCCAGCCGAAGGUCAAGCCUGGCCAGAAAAAGUGGUGGGUGGAAACAAGAACACGCGGUGAUGGCUUGCAGAAGGACCGCUACUACCACUCGCCGGACGGCCGGGUGUACCGAAUGAGGUGGGAGGCGCUCGCAGCCGGCUAUGACGGCAAGUGA